CACUCUUUUGAAGAAAACCUUAGGAAAUGGCAGAAGCUGUUUUCCAACCCCCAAGAAGGAAAAGAAGAGUUUUUGAGACAUACGAAUCUGCCUUUCCUGUGGAAAUAGAUGGGAAGGAUUUCAGAAUAUAUCAUGCUGAAAUUAUUAACAACAAUGUCAUUGUGAGGAACCCUGAAGAUAUUGAACAGCUGUAUAGCAAGGGCUAUUUUGGAAAAGGUAUUCUUUCGAGAAGUCGGCCAGUGUACAGCAUUUCAGAUCCUUUACUGGUUACAAAGUGGCAAGGUGCUAACAUAAACUUGCCCAUAAUUGCAUCAAAGAAGUACCAGUAUCACGUCCAGUGGGCUAAAAGUGUUUUGCAACAGCAAGGAUUUGAUGACUAUUCAGUUACCAAAAUUCUUGAAAACUACACUAAGCCUCUUGAGUUGCCCUGUAUGAAAAAUGAUGGAGCUGAGCAAAUUGGCAAUUGUUGUGACAGAAUGGGCCCAAGCACAGAAAAUGUAGAGCUUUCUAGACAUUCUUCUACAGAUGCUGGAAACGUAUCUCCAAGUUACGAAUGUCGUAAUCAGAAGGAAGGCUAUGCAAAAGCCUGUGUGGAAGGAGAUCCAGCUCAUGAUCCUGUGGCCAUGUGUGGCUCUAAAGAACAGGAACCAUUUGACUUAAAAGAGAGCGCUGAAGUGUCUUGCCAGAGGCACAGUUUUCUUGUGCAUUGUGGCUGCAAGGCAAAGGAAAGCACUCAACCAAAAUCUUGCGAGAUGGUCACAUCAAAAGAAUGUGCUCCAGAAUAUGUGUUGGUGCAAGAGGAGGAAGGAAGUAGUUUAAACCCUGAAGAUAACUCUGCUGGUGAGCAAGAAAAUUCUGUCAAGAAGGAAAAACUGGUAUGCAGAAGAAAUCCAUUCAGGAUUUUUGAAUAUUUACAACUCAGCUUGGAAGAGGCUUUUUUCUUGGUAUAUGCUCUAGGAUGCUUAACUAUUUAUUAUGGGGAGGAGCCUUUAACUAUUUUGAAGCUAUGGGAAAUCUUCAGCGAAGUGAAGCCCGAUUUUAAAACCACAUACAUGGCAUAUCAUUACUUCCGCAGUAAGGGAUGGGUCCCCAAAGUCGGACUGAAGUAUGGAACCGACCUCUUGCUGUAUCGAAAAGGUCCCCCCUUCUAUCAUGCAAGUUACUCUGUCAUUGCUGAAUUAGUUGAUGAUAAUUUUGAAGGCUCUCUUCGAAGAUCACUCAGUUGGAUGUCCUUGUCUGGCUUGAACCGAACAACCGUUAAUGCUUCUAAGGAACUUAUGUUAUGUUAUUUGAUUAGACCGUCUGAUAUGACUGAGAAAGAGAUGUCCACACCAGAAUGUAUGAAAAGAAUUAAGGUUCAGGAACUGAUUGUAAGUCGGUGGGUUUCUUCUCGUGAACGCUGCGAGCAAGAAGAUACUUAACUGAAUGUCUGAGGAAGAAUUUAAUCUGUUUAAAACA